AUGGGAGAAAUUUAUUUCCCGUCUAAAAAUCUGGCCAUAGAUGAGUCAAUGGUUUUGUUUCGUGGUCGUUUAAUAUUCCGUCAAUAUUUAAAAGGCAAAAAGCAUCCCUACGGUAUAAAACUUUAUAUACUAACUGACGAAUAUGGGGUAAUUAUGAAGACUAUUGUAUAUACCGGCGCUUCGGAUACUUUAGUAGGAGGAGCCAAUCACAGCGAAAAAGUUGUUUUGAAUUUACUAUCGGAUUAUUUCAAAAAGGGGUAUUCCGUUUAUAUGGAUAAUUUUUAUAAUUCAGUAAAUCUUGCACAAAAAUUGUUGUCUCUUAAAACAUAUUGUACAGGUACUUUACGUAUAAAUCGAAAAAAUAAUCCAAAAGAAGUCUUACUUAGAAAAUUGAAACGUGGCGAAUCGAUAGCGAAAUUCAAUAGUAGUGGUAUUGGUGUUAUGAAAUGGAGAGACCGACGGGACGUUUUAAUGAUUUCAUCACAAUAUGGAUCCGAUAUGACCAUCGUUACGAAUCGACGCGGUGAGACCGUUUCCAAGCCUGAAGUUGUUGUAAAAUACAAUAAGUACAUGGGUGGUAUAGAUCAUCAGGAUCAAAUGCUUGCAUAUUACUCAUGUGAGCACAAAACUAUACGUUGGUACAAGAAGUUAGGAGUUCACGUGUUCCAGCAAAUGUUAUAUAAUUCGUACACACUUCACAACAUUUUUUCGACAAAGAAAAGUUUCUAUGAUUACAGGCUUGAAAUCAUAACGAAAUUGUUAAAUAUUGAUGAAGAAGACACAAUACGUGGCUCAGUUCCAAAAAAUCAAGUGCAUGUUCUUCAACAGUGUUCCCGUAAAAAUGAUGGCAGAAAGAGAAAAAUUUUACGACGUCGGUGUAGACAGUGCUGGGUUUCUAAAAAAAUCCGAAAAGACACUUCAUAUUUCUGUCCCGAUUGUCCCGAACAAUACGGUUUUUGUUUGAAUGAUUGUUUCAAAGAGUACCAUAACUAUUAA